CUUCCUUCUUUCUUCUUCUUCCCAAGAGUUCCAUCUCGAGUAAAUUAGCUGUGCACUUCUCCGAUCUCUCUCUCAGUCCAAUCGUGCUUUCCGCAUCCUCAAACGUUUUGAACGUCACAAAUGGAAUUAGCAGAUCGAGCAGUUGGGCUUCUACUAUCUUCGAUCAGCUUAUCCAUAUUCACAUACUAUACUUUCUGGGUCAUCAUCCUGCCAUUUGUAGAUAGUGAUCACUUCAUCCACAAGUACUUUCUGCCCCAAGACUAUGCCAUUCUCGUACCUGUGUUUGCCGGCAUAACCCUCCUCUCUCUUCUUUCCGUAUUCAUCGGCAUGGUCAUGCUCAAAUCAAAAAAGAAGAAGGCGUAAUUUCAACAUUAGCCUACUUCGAAAAAGUUGUGAUUAUUUUCUCAAGUUGUGCCUGUACUUUGUUUUGGUCUUUGAGGAGAUUUAGUUCUGAACUUUAAAUGGUGUAGUUGAACCGUGCGAGACUAUGUCAUAUUGUCUGAUUAUUAUUUAUCACUCAAGGUUUUCUUUCCUUCA